CCCGCCCCCGGCCGCGCCACCGCCCCUUCCUGUCAUGGCCGCGGCCGGGCAGUGGGAGCUCGGCGGGGCGGCGCGGGCCGGCGCCUUCGGCUGCUGAGCGCCCCGCGGGCGGCGCGGAGCGGGGACGGCCCCAGCCCGGAGCCGGCGGCAGGAGAUAGCAGUGAAGUACCUGCUGUCCACCACUUUCUUCAUUUAACUUCCCCUUGGGGUCAGCUGCUUGUCAGCAUGCCUUCAACCGAGAGCACCUCAAAACUUUUCCUGGUCCUCGUGUCGCUGCUGCUGGUGCUGCCAGUAGUUGAAGCCCUGGACGCAGGAGAUACCAUUGCCUUCCUCCUAGGCCUCGCUGUCAGUGUCGUUGGAUUCUGCGCCUGCCUUGGCUUGUACGCAAGGAGAAGGAACGGGCAGCAGUGACUUGAAGAAAAUGCUCAGAUGAAGUGAAUUUCCGAACACAGCUUGGGGUUGGGUGUAAGACUGAGCUUUGGCUCUGGAUAACUUUCAAAAAAUAUGUAGUAGAUAUUUCUGCAAACCCCUCUUACUGUUCAGUACAACAGAGUCAAGACGGUAUUAGACUGUACUAGUAAAAGGGAUUUAUUUGUAUGAUCUGUCCUUAUUACAAAAAGAUAAUUUUAUAUUAUUUGUGAUUAACUAUUGCCUUAGAGAAGAGUAAAAAUCUUUUUGAAUGAGGAAGUAAAACUACAGAGUGGCUCGCAGUAAAAGUUUAUAAAUGUAGCAUGUGAGGGAGGCCAUCAACAAGUUCCAUAAUUUUGGUUUCAAUGUUUAAUCAGGAGGAAGCAGCUAUUAAUCUUCCAGUCAAGAUGACAAGAGUUUUGAAAUUAGUCCUAACUAGAUAGCUAGCAAGCAGACUGCUCCAACUUGUGUGCUCACGCUCACAUUCUCUGUAAUGACAGUUAACACCUAACAGCUCACUUCUGCUGUCACAUGGAAAAGACUUAAGAGAACUAAGGAAACAUGAAAGGCUUUUUUUUUCUUUU